UCAACCUUUGGGUGGGGUGCUACUAUUUCUAUACUCAUUACCCAGAGUCCUGGUACCUGUGCCAAACCUGGAUAUCAAUUUCCGGCCUACACCAGGCAGUCUUAAAAGGUUUCAGCUGUGGGCUGGUGUUAGAGGUAUCACAGACAGGUGCUCCGGAGCUCUGCGUGUGUCCUCUGGGGGCCAUGCCUUUGCUUCCGGUUCCGGUCUUUCUGGCUGGGCUCAGGGGGACAGAGUGAGAUGCUUCAGGCCGAAUUCCUGUGUCACAGUCACGCAAUUGGUACUGCUGAAACCAUGACUAGAGUGUCUACAGUCUCAUUCUCUGAGCUCCGUUCGCUCCUAGCCUCAGGCAGGGCCCGGCUCUUCGAUGUUCGCUCUCGGGAGGAGGCAGCAGCUGGUACCAUCCCUGGGGCACUCAACAUCCCUGGCCCGUCCUUUGAACCUCAGUGUGCCACCGGCUUUCCAUUUUGUCCUCUCUCAGUGUCUGAGUUGGAAAACGCCUUGCACAUGGACCCAGCUGCUUUUCAGGCUUUAUACUGUGCUGAGAAGCCAAAGCUAGAAGACAAGAAUCUUAUUUUCUUCUGUCAGAUGGGCAGGAGGGGCCUGCAGGCCACACAGCUGGCACAAGGUCUUGGAUACACAGGGGCUCGGAACUAUGCUGGGGCCUAUAAGGAAUGGCUGGAGAAAGAGGGCUAGGUAGAGGACUUCCUGGUUGUGAUCCUUCUCGUGGUCACCUUGCUGGGCUGGGCAAGUCACUGUGGACAUUUGCACAUGAAAAACUCAAAUAAAGAGCAUUUAAUUAA